AUGCGAAUCCCAGUUAGAAUAUCCCUCGUCUUCUGGGCAAUUGUCCUCGUGACGCUAUUUGGAUACGCCAUUUCGAGACUACUAUUUUUCAAGUCCCUCUUCUUCGAGCAUGCCGGAAUCCGACUUACCCAGCCCGAGGUAGCAACCGCGUCGGUCGACAAGGCCGGUCCUGAAGCCCACCCCCGCGUCCAACAGAUCCCGAAACUUGUCCACCAUGUCUUCCACAACUGGCGCGUGCCUGGGAAUGACACCCUGCCGGCGGACUGGGCCGAAAUACGGCAGAAUUGCAUGAAUUUGAAUCCGGACUUUGACUUCAAGCUUUGGACCGAGAAAGCAUCGCGAGACUUUAUCGAGGCGGAAUACCCUUGGUUCUUGCGCACCUACGAUGGCUACCGCUACCCGGUUCAGCGCGUCGAUGCGGUUCGGUACUUCAUUAUGCUGUUCUACGGUGGCAUCUACAUGGACCUCGACAACGGCUGCAAAACCGACCUCACCCCGCUCCUCUACUACCCCGCCUGGGUGACCGACGGCGGCCGCGGCGCGCUUAGCAACAACAUCCUCGGCGCGCGGCCGAACCACCCCUUCUGGCACCGCAUGACACUCUCGCUGCUCACCUACGACUGGAAGUGGCCGCUGCCCUACGUAACCAUCAUGUACGCGAGCGGCCAGUGGUUCCUGACGGCCAUGUGGGAGGAGUACCACGCGCUGCUCCCCAAGCCGGUCGACGGGCAGAAGUCCGAGCAUCGCCUGUACCGCAUCAUGAUGGACAUGGCUCCCGGCGCUGAUCCGUGGGUCUUCUUCUCGCACCAGGAGGACGGCGGCGGCACCUGGAACAACUGGGAUAACACGUUGUUUGCGGGCAUCGGCGACCACUUGCUGCUCUUCUUUACCGUGCUGUUUGCCAUCGUCGGCCUCGGCUCCUGGCUGGGUCUACGGUGCUUCCGCAAGUACCGCAGGGGUGGCUACAGCCGGCUGAAGAACCGUCCCGGUAAUGUGGUUUGA